AUGGGUGUAGAUUAUUACAAUAUUCUCAAAGUUAACCGCAAUGCGAGCGACGAGGACUUGAAGAAGGCUUAUCGGCGCCUGGCCAUGAUUUGGCACCCAGACAAAAAUGCCAACAAGUUAGAAGCCGAAGCCAAGUUCAAGCAAAUUUCCGAAGCCUACGACGUUUUGAGCGACCCAGAAAAACGCCAGAUCUACGAUCUAUAUGGCGAGGAGGGUCUCAAGUCCGGCCAAGCUCCACCGCCCAAACGAAGCGCCCGAGGUUAUGGUACUAAUCAGCAACGUCCUGACCCGAAUUUCCGGUUCAAUCCUCGGACCCCUGCUGAUAUUUUUGCGGAAAUUUUUGGGGACAGUAGUAAUGGGGGUUAUAGUGGGAAUGGGAAUAAUGGUGGUGGUGGCAGCGGGGUGAAGAGAGAUGGGUAUUUUAGGAGUACAAAUAUGAAUGGUGGGACGAGGUAUGGAGGUGGGGAAAAUUCAGGUGGUGGUGCGGGGGGAUUGAGAAAGGCACCACCGGUGGAGAAUGAGUUGAUAUGUACCUUGGAGGAGCUGUACAAGGGUGCUACGAGGAAGAUGAAGAUAUCAAGAAAUGUUCUUGAUGGCCAUGGGUCUCCUUGUCGGUUCUUGAGGAAACCAAGUGACCAUGAAGAUAGCAACGAAAAGUAUUUCCGAAGUACCUGUAAGGCUGUAACUAUGCCAAAAUGCGCAUGCACAUACCUUCUGACAAGCUCAACAGAGGUGAUAUGUGCUAAAAAUGGCCAAACUCCUCUGGAUGACUGGGGGAAAGACUCAGAGAGCUUAUGCUUAAAGAGACUCAAUCUUUGUGAUGGUCAAGCUCAUGUCUCAAGAGAUGGUCGAGCUUACGCCUCAAGGAAUGGCAGAGCUUGUGUCUCAUGA